CCCCUUCUCUGGACGUAGCCUGGUGACGGGGACCGCCCCUGGAUGCGACCGGAAAAGGACUCUCCCCGCGGCGGCCGAGUGGGGCGGGAAUGGACUUCUGAUCGGAACUCACCUGGGUCAGUCAUUUGCUGCAGAAGAUUCUGGAAGGGGUCGGAGCCCUCUCCCACGUCGGGGAGUCCCGCCGCCGCCCGAGCGGCUGCGAGGUCCCGGCGGCCGCUCCCUCUCGGCCGGGCCGCAGGAUGGCCGCCGCGCGGCACCGCACCCUGGACUUCCUGCUGGGCGCCCGGGCCCGCGGCGAGACCGUCCUCGCAGCCCUCCGGCCCGUGUUCCGGGAGCAGGGGAUGACCGAGUCGCUGCACACCUGGCAGGACCAUGGCUGCCUAGCGACCUACACCGGCGCGAACGGCAGCUUCGCCAACUUGAGGAUUUACCCGCACGGACUGGUGUCGCUGGACCUUCAGAGUUACGAUGGCGAUGCGCCGGCCGAAGAAGUUGACCGUCUUUUGAACCAAGUGGAAGGAAGAAUGAAAGAACUGAAUCGGGACAGCCCCGGGAAGGUGAAGCGAUUGCCACCCAUAGUUCGGGGAGGGGCCGUGGACAGAUACUGGCCCACCGCUGACGGCCGCCUGGUGGAGUACGACAUCGACGAGGUGGUGUAUGAUGAAGAUUCGCCCUAUCAGAACAUCAAAAUUCUGCACUCGAAGCAGUACGGGAACAUGCUCAUCCUGAGCGGGGAUGUUAACCUGGCCGAGAGCGACUGGGUCUAUACCCAUGCCAUCAUGGGCGGCGGCAAAGAGGAUUACACUGGCAAAGACGUCCUGAUCCUGGGAGGCGGAGAUGGAGGCAUUUUACGUGAAAUCGUCAAACUGAAACCAAAGAUGGCCACCAUGGUGGAGAUUGACCAAAUGGUGAUUGACGGAUGUAAGAGAUACAUGCGAAAAACGUGCGGCGACGUCUUGGACAAUCUUGCGGGAGACUGCUAUCAGGUCCUCGUGGAAGACUGUGUUCCGGUACUGAAGAGGUACGCCGAAGAAGGCAGAACGUUUGAUUAUGUGAUUAAUGAUUUGACAGCCGUUCCAAUCUCCACAUCUCCCGAGCAAGAUUCCACCUGGGAGUUUCUCAGACUGAUUCUUGACCUCUCAAUGAGAGUACUGAAGCAGGAUGGGAAAUAUUUUACACAGGGGAACUGUGUCAAUUUGACGGAAGCCCUUUCACUCUAUGAACAACAGCUUGGGUGCCUCUACUGCCCUGUGGAAUUCUCCAAGGAAGUGGUCUGUGUCCCUUCAUACUUGGAGUUGUGGGUAUUUUACACUGUUUGGAAGAAAGCUCAACCUUGAAGAUCGAUAUGCCCUUAUCCUGUAUGUUGCAAAUAGCCUUCCUGACCUUCAUAUGCUGCACAUGCCAUCGAAUGGAGUCAGGCAAUUGCUGGUGAAUUUCUUCAAGUUUUUUUUUUUUUUGGUCUAAUUAUUACUUUUAAUUUAAAAAAGCAAAUGGAAAAUGUAUAUUUUUAUGAGCGAGGGUGCUUUUGUUUUUGAAAGCCAGCUGAAGAUAAUGAGACAGUUUGAAGAAGGCUGCUCAAUGAACCCCUAAAUGUGAUUUUGUUACUUUUUAAAAAUGCAUGGGCUUUUCUUGCUUUUUGUUUUGUUAGACUUUGAUUGUUUGGAGGAAUGAACAUCAUUGUUUUGUUCUGGAGGAAAGUCUCUAUGAUGUUUCCCAAAAAGUUAACUUAAGACAUUAAACUUUGGUGAUUAUGCCCA